AUGUUCGCCAACAGCACACGCAAUGUCUUUGCUGUGGCAUCGAGACGACGGCCCACCCUUACAAAGACUUCUUCGCGAGGCCUUCAGACGGAGAGUCCCGCAGCUUUGCAAGAUGGCACUCCCUUUCGCAAGGCCCUGAAAGAUGCCGUCAAGCAGCAAAAGAGGGAGAAACGCGCUGCGUCGAAUCCACCGGCUUCAUCCGCAAAGGGCCAUGAUCCACGCCUAGACAAGUGGGAGCUCACUGUCGGCAUCGAGAUACACGCCGAGCUCAACACGGCACGGAAGCUCUUCUCCAGCGCUGCCACUUCGGUUAGCGAUGCGCCAAACAGCCAUGUCUCUCUCUUCGAUGUCGCAUUCCCCGGCAGCCAACCUCACUUCCAGAAGGAAACACUGAUACCUGCACUGCGCGGCGCCCUAGCCCUCAAUUGCACGAUCCAGCGGAAGAGCAGCUUCGACCGCAAACACUACUUCUACCAAGACCAGCCCGCUGGCUACCAGAUCACACAGUACUACGAGCCCUUUGCCCGCGAUGGCAGCGUCACGCUCGACGCCCACGACUUCCCACCAGGUGCCGCACCGGUAGAGUGCCCAAUCACCAUCGGCAUCAAGCAGGUUCAGAUGGAACAAGACACAGCCAAAACCGUACACCAGCCUCCCGCGACCCACCUACUCGACUUCAACCGCGUUUCGCAUCCUCUAAUCGAGAUCAUUACCCUCCCUCAAAUCCACAAUCCUACGGUUGCUGCUGUGUGCGUGCGCAAGAUACAGGCCAUACUCAAGACAGUGAAUGCCUGCACGGCGGGCAUGGAGAUGGGCGGACUGCGUGCCGAUGUGAACGUUUCUAUCCGCGAGCGCAACGCACAGAUGCCGGACCAUGGCCAAUCGUACCACGGUGUGACUGGUCUCGGCCAGCGGACAGAAAUCAAAAACUUGGCAAGUGUGAAGGCUGUCGAAGAUGCCAUUGUCGCCGAACGCGAUCGUCAAAUCGAUUUACUCGAGGGUGGAGGUACUGUCGAAGGCGAGACACGUGGUUGGACACUCGGCAGCAAGACGACGAAGCGACUGAGAGGCAAAGAGGGCGAGAUUGACUACCGAUAUAUGCCUGACCCAGACAUCGCGCCUGUGGUGCUUGGGAGAUACGCCGGGACACUACUUUCGCUCGACGACGGCUAUCGUUUGGACUACUUCUUCGACGUCCUGUCCCAGCUGCGAGAGAGCCAUCUCCCAGAAGUGGAUCAGGCAAGCAUUGGCAGAGUGACUGGAAACUGGGUCCUGAUGGAACUUGGAACCUUGUUCAAAGAUAUCGACUUUGAGCCAUCACGGGUCCCCGCUAGCGAACUCGCUUCCAUCAUUGCUCAUCUCCAUCGCAAGAAAAUCACCUCACGGUCCGCUAAGAAAAUUCUUCUCAUGAAAUUCGAGGGCGAUGCUCGACUCGCGCACCAGAUCAUCCAAGACGAAGACCUUGUACUGAAGCCACUAUCCGACGCGGAAUACGUUGCGCUGGCUCAGACGCUGCUGGAAGAGAAGCCGGACAUGGUCAAGGACAUCGUUGAGAAGAAGCACGACAAGACAAAUACAGAGGUGGUUUGUCGGUCAGAUGAUGGCAAGAAACGCCGAAGGUAGUGUGGAGCCUGACGUUGCGGAGAAGGUGCUGAGAGAGCAGCUCGCGCUUCAAGACCCUGUGUCGUAAAGUCCUAUAAAAUCGAUUCAUUAAUACCC